AUGGCGAGUAACUUUAACAUGAACGAUAUGACUGUUGAACAACUUAUGGCGCUCAGUGAGAUAAUUGAUGAUAGCGAUUAUGAGGAAAAUCUCGAGGAUGAAGUGGAGAAAAUAUCUGAGGAUAAGUUCUAUCGAGUUGCACCUAAGGAUAAGGGCAAAGAUCCCUUUGAAGGAGAAAGACAAUUCAUAGAUGAAGGUGACCGUUCUACUGACCCAAAAAGACCAAGGAGACUCCCACUAAACUACAAGGGUAAGAGGGGAAUAAUGCCGACAUGGAAAUAUUCCGAGAGACAGAAGGCAAAGGCUUUACUAGUCGAGGAGGCGUAUCAGAGCUUACUUAGUAGAGGAGUUGAAGGUCUACCACCAACAAUGGGAGGUAGAUGGAGAACGGAUGAUCCUCAGGUAAAUGCGGAGAUGAAGAGGUUAGAGAACCUUAGGAACCCCAAGCGUCCAAGAGGCAGACCACCAAAGGCCAAGGCUGACGGUGCUGUUAAGGCUCCCCGAGGACGACCACAAAAGGUUAAGUCCGACGCUGAGGUUGUGAUUCCAAAGAGACGUGGAAGACCACCAAAGGUUAAGUCUGACGCUGGGGUUACGAUUCCAAAGAGACGUGGAAGACCACCAAAGGUUAAGGUAUCUGAAACACCAAAACCUAAGGUUAAAAGACAAACUGUCGCGGAGAGGUUCAUAAGUCAAAACCGAAUAAAACUCUCGGUUCCCGCGGAUAGCGUAAUAACUCAGGUGGGACCAAGUAAGUUCACGGUGACUGUGGAUCUUAGUAAGAAACCAACAAGGAAAGCUCCUGAGGUACCGAAGGGUGCGGCUCCAUGGAAACCUAGGGAAAGACCAGUUCCUAAACCAAGAACUGUAACCCCUAGGGAAAGACCUAUUCCCAAACCAAGAACUGUAAUUCCUAGGGAAAGACCAGCCCCCAAACCUAGGACUAAAAAGCCUGUGCCUCCUCCAAAGUUAAGAAAGCCUGUGAAGGUAACCAAGGAAGUUGGGAAACAGCCAGUAGUGGUCGCACCAGAGGAACAUGAAAUUGAUCCUUUUGGAACAUACCUUGAGAAGCCAUCCUAUAGGAAAAUAGAAACUGCCGCAAAUGGAGCAGCUGUGACUUACUCGAUAACUCCAAAUUAUAUGGAUCCCCUAAACCAGAUGACCGCAAGUAGGCAGGUGGUGAGGGGAGUAUUAGUGAACGAGUUGAAGAGAAUGGGAGGUCUGAAAUAUACGGAAACCAUCAAGGUAAGAAUGUCGAAGGAAAUCGGAAAUGAUAAAACAAAGAAGGAUUCAAUAUACUUCAAAUCAAAAACAGGAACCGCAACCAACUUCGAGGAUAUCGAAAGCACUGCAGCCCAAAACCAACUGACAAUCUUAUCCAGAAUUGAAACCUUCCAGAACUUAGGUUCAAAUUGGAUUAUCCUAAACAUUGAAAGCCACUAUGUUAAUAUUGCGAUGUACAAACCUCUAAAGGGUAGUUCAUAUAUGAAAUUACCCGCAGACAUCAGCAAUCCAAAAUGUGGUUUAAUUAACAUGAAAAACAACGACGAGAAAUGUUUCAUGUGGAGUCAUGUGAGACAUGUAAGACCAAAGGCCAGGAGAGCAACCACCAUAACACGACAGGACAUAGAGUUCGCGGAAAACCUAGAUUAUGAGGAAAUACACUUCCCCGUGAAAAUAAGCGAUAUUGAUAAAAUUGAGAGGAAGAACUCAAUAAGUAUAUCAGUGUUCGGCUAUAAGGGUAAGAAGCAGUUCUAUCCAAUUAGAAACUCCAAAACAAAAUAUGACGAGCAUAUGGAGCUGCUGCUGUUAGGUGACAAUGAAGGUGGUAACCAUUACGUUCUAAUAAAGGAUGUAAAUAGAAUGCUCUUCAGUGUUAGCGGAAACUCGAACAAGAAACACUUCUGCCUACACUGCCUCCAUAGUUGCGUCAGCGAAGAAUCAUUGAAGAAACAUAGUGAAACGUGUAUUGAGGUAAAUGGAACUCAGGCCACAAAGCUUCCAAGUGAGGGUACAAAAAUAAAGUUCAAAAAUCAUAGGAACUCAAUGCCUGCUCCAUUUGUGAUCUAUGCUGACUUUGAGUCUAUGCUAGUUCCUGAGGAGAGAAAAGUUGAUUCUGAAGACGCUGAGGACAAAAGUACUACAGAACUUUACCAAACACAUAAAGCCUGUAGUUUCGGGUUGAAAACAGUGUGCCACUACGAUGAUCAGUACUCUGGUGAAUAUGUAAGUUACGUUGGUAAAGACGCUACAGAAGUAUUCUUGAAGACAGUUCUAAAGGAGUCCAUUAGGUGCCGAGAGAUGGUGAAUAAAAUCUUCAAGAAAAAGAUGGUAAUUACACCAGAACAAGAAGCUGAGUUCUGGAUGACAAGAAACUGUUCCAUACGUGGUAAUGACCUGGGUGAUGACAGAGUGAGAGAUCACGAUCAUGUAACUGGACUGUUCCGUGGAGCUGCUCACAAUAUGUGCAACUUGAAAUAUAGAAUUACAUGGAAAGUUCCAGUGGUCUUCCACAAUCUAAGAGGUUACGAUAGUCAUCUAAUAAUGCAGGAGAUUGGUAAGUUUAAGAUGAACAUCAACGUUGUUCCAAACAACAUGGAAAAAUACAUUUCCUUCUCGUUAGGUAAAAGUCUUGUGUUCAUCGACUCAAUACAAUUCAUGGCUUCUUCCCUGGAGGCACUUGUGAGUAACCUUUCACCUGAAGACUUCAAGAUAGUCGGUCAGCGGUGGCAAGGUGAGGACUUCGAUCUUGUGAGACAAAAAGGUAUAUUCCCUUAUGAAUACCUGGACGACAUAAGCAAGCUUGACACUGAGGGGCUUCCAAGUAAAGACAAAUUCUACUCAUCUCUAUACGAGUCUGAAGUGAAAGAAGAAGAUUACCAGAGAGCUCUAAAAGUCUGGGACCACUUCAAGAUGAAAACAAUGAGGGACUACCACGAUCUCUACCUGGAGACUGACGUUCUUCUUCUGGCAGAUGUUUUCGAGAAUUUCAGGAAGACCUGCUUGGAAAACUACAAGCUUGACCCUGCUCACUACAUCUCAGCACCAAGUCUAAGUUGGGACGCAUUCCUAAAACAGUCAGGAGAGGAAAUAGAAUUGGUAAGCGAUAUGGAUAUGUUCCAGUUCUUCGAGAAGGGAAUGAGAGGUGGGAUAAGUCAUAUUGCCCAUAGACACUCUACAGCAAAUAAUAAGUACAUGGAAACGUACGACGAAGAGGCUGAAAACAAGUUCCUUAUGUACCUCGAUGCCAACAAUUUAUAUGGCUGGGCAAUGUCUCAACCUCUACCAAAUGGAGAGUUUGAGUGGGUUGAGGAAGUUGAUAAAAUAAACCUAGACGACUACCUUGGAGACAGUGGAAGGAGUAUGGUCCUUGAGGUUGACAUGGAAUAUCCGGAAGAACUUCACGAUCUCCAUAAUGGUUAUCCACUAGCCCCGGAGAGUAAGGAGAUUGAUGCGUCAAUGUUAUCAGACUACGCGAAGGAUAUUGCUGAGAAAUUCCAGCUUACAAUUGGAGGUGUAAGAAAACUGGUGAACUCCUUAGGUCCCAGGAAGAACUACGUCCUACAUGCCCGUAACUUGAAACUAUAUACUGAACUCGGAAUGAAACUUACGAAGGUUCACAGAGCAGUCUCAUUCAAGCAGUCAACUUGGCUGAAAAACUAUAUUGACUUCAAUACUCAAAAACGGUCAGCUGCUAAAAACGCGUUUGAGAAAAACUUCUUCAAACUUAUGAAUAAUUCCAUCUACGGAAAGACUAUGGAAAAUUUGAGGAAGAGAGUUGAUGUAAAAUUAGUGUCAUCAGAAAACGACCUCCUAAAACUUACAGCGUCGCCGUGCUUCCAAUCACAUAGGAUUAUGAAUGAGAACUUAAUUGUGGUAAAGAGAAUGAAGGAAGUGCUAACUCUGAAUAAACCGUGCUAUGUGGGAAUGAGUAUCCUGGACUUGUCUAAGACUCUGAUGUACGACUUCCAUUACAACACGAUCAAGAAGGAGUACGGUAACAAGUCGAAGCUCCUAUUCACAGACACUGAUAGUCUAAUGUACGAGAUCAAGACUGAUGAUGUGUAUAAGGACUUCGAGAGGAUCGGUAAGGAGCAGGACUGUUGGGACAACUCAGAUUAUCCGAAAGAUUCUCCAUAUUACUCAGCUCAUAAUAAGAAGGUAAUUGGAAAGUUUAAGGAUGAAGCUGGAGGAGUGCCGGUGAUUGAAUUCGUAGGGUUAAGGUCAAAGAUGUACUCCUACGUGAAGGAGAGUGGUGGAGGUGGAAUGACAGCGAAAGGUGUGAAAAAGUACGUGAUCAGAAACAAACUCACUCACGAAAACUUUAAGAACGUAAUCAAGACCAAGGGUAGGAUGAGACAUAAGAUGAACACAAUCCGAAGCAUCAAACAUAAAAUCGGAACUUACCAACUAAAGAAAAUCACACUCAGCUGUUUCGAUGAUAAACGGUACUUACUUGAAGAUGGUGUUUCAAGUUACGCGUACGGGCACCACUCAAUAGAAGAUCUAGAGGCUGAGGUGGUGAUUGAAGAAAAAGUGGAACCAAGAUGUGUACUAGAAAGGGUUGAAACUCAGAGUGAAUACUGUAGACUCGAGGAAGCAGUAGAACUCUACGAAGGCCCUCCCUGGGAAAAUCUAGAACCAAAAGAAGAGAAACAUAUUCCCAGACCAGAAUACAAAGUAGUGAUUCCACUGAAGAGAUUUAAGUUCAAGAAACCAACACCAUUGAGGGUAGUCGUAACAGAUGAGAAUCAUCUAAGGAAAAACUACGACAUAUUACCAAAAGAUGAAAAGAAAUAUUUAAGAAUGGUGUUGGGAGAGAAAGCGAAGUCACUGGGUGUUCAGGCAAUCAGAACCCCUGGAAGUAAUAAGUUGAUUGCAAUUGGAUUUUGAGUAAAUUGUUAAAUAGAAAUUUAUAGAUUGGAUGAAAGUCGACUGGAAAUAUUCAACGUUGAAGAUGGGCGGAGAAAGUGGUCUAGAAAAAGUUGGCGGGAAUACUGCAGGAUUCUUGUUGAUUUAAGACGAAAAUAAAAAAGUGAUGAUAGAGCCUAGAUCAGUUAGUGGUCUAGAACCCUCAUUCCCUAUACUACUAGCUUGUUUCAUAGGGUAUCAGAUUUCAAAAACACGAAGUCGAAGGCAAUGCUAUUCCAUGUACAAAUUUCGGCAUGCACAUGUCAAAAAUAAGGGGAAAAAAUGUUUAAAAAUUAAAAAAGCCCAUUAUCAUUUGGUGAUUUGCAGAAAAUUAGGUACUUGAAUUAUGCAAAAACAUCAAAAUGAAGCUAGUUUUCAUAUAUAGUGCAUGAAAUAUUUGAAAGUUAAAAAUUUUCCGCGCUUGUAAAACUAUGACAUCGCUGUGAACAUAUAUGCAUUUUGGAGUCUUUUGGACAUUUCAGUUGCAUACUGUAAGUUCGAAAAGAGAGAUAAAACAACCUUUAACAUAAUAAAAACGGAAUUUUCUGUUUGUUCCUUAUAAUUGAAUAUUUUCUCUUGCAUUAAUUUGAAUGUCUGAACAUGUUAAUGAAAAUGUUUCCAAUGUUUUCGAAAUGACAAUUGUUUCCUAACUUUAUCAAUACAAGGUCACAAGUUAUGUUGUUGUAAGUUACGCAAGUGACCUGGUCAUAAAACUUUAAAUUAAAAAAAGCCAACAAAAGCCCAUUUUCUAACCUUUACAGGUCGAAAGUAUAAUUAAUUAUAAAUAAUUUAAAAGGUUGAAGUUAACUUUUUUUCCACUCGGUCUGGCUAAAAAAUUCGACUACAACUUGUCAUUGCCUGCAAAAUGUAAAUAUAUUUUAUGAUAAAAUCGCUAUGUAUUCAAAUAAUUUCACAGUUUAAAAAUGCUUUUCCAACUCCAACGAUGUAAUUUGCAAUACUAAUUAAUUGUAAGAGUCUCUAUUUUAUAACAAGUUAAUUUUUUCCAUGCAUUUUAAGGAUAGAUUUACCUUAACAAAUUGUACUUUUUGAUUGCCCUUUAAAUAUUUUUGUUUCUUGUUUUUGCUUCGCUUCAUCUUUAAAAAUCCCGCUAUUUCCGCGCAUUUUGCGCGAUCGCGCCAGUCUCCCGUGCAUCACACAUGGAUAAUGCAAAUAUUAGCGCGUUUCACCGCCCGUGUUUUACUACGCCCUGGUGUAACUUACCUCGAUUUUGAUCGGAUAUACGAUAUACUCAUGUACUUGUCCUUGGAACGUUUUUAAAGGAUAAGAGAUAUAAAGCUGAAUGGCUUGUAG